CUUCCUUGCAUUUGUCGCUCACAUGUGUCGGUUGUGCUCUUAGCAUAUUUUUCCCAUAUUUAUUCAAACUAUUUAUUAAAAAUCAAUGAAAAAUGAUUCUAUCGACUAACAAAAAUAAUCCGAAUGCCCUCAAAUUGGUAAUUGGUGGUGAAAUAAGUGGUAAUUCAGUUGAGAUAAGAAUAAUCACGACUAAUGAGAGUACCCUCAGUCGUUUGCCAACUCUUCAAUUGCCCACUGGAAUAACCUUGAUAAGUUCCAACGCCGCACUGCAAUAUCUUCUCCCAGGAAAUGAGCAAGAUCUCGAGAAUAAAUGGCUAGAGUGGGACUCCACUCAGCUACAGCCAGCAAUAGCGUCGUACGGAAACUCAGGAGCCCUAGACACGUCCCACAAGCCCAGAAUUUGGUCGCUCCUUUCCCAGCUCAACUCCGAAUUAAAAACCAAAAAGUACUUAAUCACCCCUGACACCCACACCAGCGCAGACAUCGCGAUCUUUUGCACCCUGUGGUGCACCAUCUGCUCGACUGAAGUCUCAGCAGAAAUCACUAAAGAAUUUCCCCAUGUCGACAAAUGGCUCGAAAAUAUCUCAAUCCUUCCGCAUGUGCAGCAAUCUCUCUCAAAAUUUCCCCUCGAAAAUGGCUUCAAAGCAAUUUCCAGUCUUAACUCAUCCUCUUGGUUUCCCAUGAAUUCCUACACUGGUAUACGUCAAAAAACUGCCGCCCUCGAGCCCUCGAGCCCCACCAAGGAGCCCGAAGCUAUCACCAAACAAGAAUUAGAGACAUCAAAGAAGAACUGGUCAACACCUCUCCAUCCCUCAAUAAAACCCCCGACAUACCCUGUACUUCCCAGAAAAAAUGAGCGCAAUAUUCUUAUCACUUCAGCCCUCCCCUACGUAAACAAUGUCCCCCACCUGGGUAACAUAAUCGGCUGUGUCCUGUCAGCUGACGUUUUCGCUCGCUACUGCCGUCAACGUGAUUACAAUACCCUCUACAUCAGUGGAACCGACGAAUACGGAACAGCAACAGAAGCCAAAGCCCUCGAAGAGAAUAUGACACCCCAGGAGAUUUGCGAUAAAUUUUUCGACAUCCAUAACGACAUCUACCGCUGGUUCAACAUUGGUUUUGAUUAUUUCGGUAGAACCACAACACCGGAGCAAACAGAAAUCGUACAGGAGUCAUUCCUCAGAAUAAAAUCUCAAGGAUACAUAAUAACCGAGAGUGUGGAUCAACUGCUCUGUCAGAAUUGCAAUCGUUUUCUGGCGGAUAGAUUUGUCGAGGGCACGUGUCCUGGAUGCAAAUACGAGGACGCACGCGGUGAUCAGUGUGACGGGUGUGGACACCUCGUCAACGCAACAGAAUUGAUAAAUCCGAGAUGUAAAGUAUGUUCAAAGACACCAGUGAUAAAAGCAUCGACUCAAUUUUUCCUGGAUCUUCCAAAGAUUCAGCCCAAGCUCAAAGAAUGGGCAUCUAAAGCCGAAAAGAACUGGUCGAAUGUCGCUAGAGCUGUCACCCGACCCUGGUUACGAGACGGCCUCAAGCCCAGAUGCAUAACCCGAGAUCUCAAGUGGGGAAUUCCCGUUCCAAUCGAUGAGUUCAAGGACAAAGUCUUCUAUGUAUGGUUCGACGCACCCCUGGGAUACGUAAGCAUCACCAAAAGAUACACCCAGGAGUACGAAAAAUGGUGGAAGCCCAGUGAAGGCACCGAUGUCAAUCUCUACCAAUUCAUGGCCAAGGACAAUGUACCCUUCCACGCUAUUAUGUUCCCAGCAACUUUAUUGGCAGCUAAUGAGGGCCACACUCUAGUCAAGCACAUCAUGGCUACUGAAUAUCUCAACUACGAGGACACUAAAUUCUCAAAGUCCAGAGGAAUUGGAGUCUUCGGAACUGACGCUAGAGAGACAGGAAUUCCAGCUGACGUCUGGAGGUUUUACCUGACGUACAUCAGACCAGAAAACCAAGACUCAAAUUUCAACUGGGUGGAUCUAGCCACCAAAAAUAACUCAGAAUUACUCAAUAAUUUUGGAAACUUUGUCAAUCGAGCCCUAACAUUUGCUGUGAAAAACUUUGAGGGAAAAGUACCUGAGAUGGAGCUUCGAGAGGAAGAUCAUCAGGUGCUGGUUUUAGUCCAGCGAGAAUUGAGCCAUUAUAUCGUGGCUAUGGAACAGGGAAAAUUCAGGGACGGAGUGAGACAUCUUCUGGGUAUAUCAAAGCAUGGAAAUCAGUACAUGCAGGCACAGCAGCCCUGGGUCAUGGUCAAAGGAAAAGAGGUGAAGACUGCAGGGACAGUGAUAGGGGUAUGUUGUAAUAUAAGUUGCCUCCUAUCAGCCCUUCUGGGUCCCUUCAUGCCAGACACAUCGAGAGAAUUGAGAAAACAGUUGGGACUCGAUGGUAGCACAUACGGCUACAUCCCAGAGAAAGUCUCCAUUCUCCUAUCCCCUGGACACAAACUCGGUGAGCCCACCCCCUUAUUCAGUAAAAUCGAAGAAGCCGUUGUCGAGGAAUUAAGGAGCAAGUACGGAGGCAAACAGGACAAUGGAACAAACGGUGGAAAAACCGAAGGAAGUGUCGAGGAAUUGCAGGGGCAGAUUGCUGCUCAGGGGCUCAAAGUCAGGGAGCUCAAAUCCAAAACGGAUAAGAGUGUCUGGCAACCUGAGGUGCAGAUUCUACUCAAGCUCAAGGAACAACUUGCAAAAAUCACUGAAACCUCUAUUAUAACAGUUAAUACUGCAACUAUUGGAGAAAAAAAUAAAGAGAACGGCCCAGUUCAAAAUGGAAAAAUUGAUAUUCCUGCUCUGGAAGCUGCCAUUGCCAAACAGGGACUCGUAGUACGAGAACUCAAAGCCAAUAGUGAAAAAAGUGUUUGGCAGCCUGAACUCAAUAUUCUUCUCAAAUUGAAGAAAGAACUAAGCGAUGCUACUGGUGUGAUAACACCAAAUGCGGUUGACAAGAAGUCAAAAAAGAAGAAGUAAAUUAAGUUGUUAUUCACGAUUUUCUUUCUUACUCACAAGUGUGGCAUAAAGGCACGUGGUAAUGUCAGUUUGAUGCAUUGGAACGUGACCAAUUGACCCAUCGGGUCACUCCACACUAUGAGUAUUAAAAAAAAAAAACAAAACACCCUGAGUAAUAAACAAAAGCCAAUUUAAUUUUUCAUGUGAAACGACGAAAUCUCGAAAAUGCUGUUGAAAUAUUUAUACCCUUCUCGCAGUAUUAAAUAAUCUCUGCACUGAAAUUAAUAAAAUAAUGUUAUUUAUUCUGUAUUUACACAGGGAAUAUUAAAGUUUUUUUAAUCGCUUGGAA